UGAGAGUUAUAAAAUGGAGAAAUACCAUCCUUAAACUGUUCAUGUAAUCUGAGCUAAGUCAUAUUGUACCUUCAAGAUAUUGGACAAUCCAACAUGCUUGUGUCAAUUAGGCAUUAGGGUUGUGUUGAUAAAUGAUAAGAUCGCGUAUUGAUGAUACUAAGAGAUCUCGCCUGUGGCUGACGCCUUUGAUGAUAGCAAGACUAUUAUUAUUAUUGUUGAUGUUAUUAUUAUUAUUAUUAUUAUUAUUAUUAUUAUUAUUAUUAUUAUUAUUAUUAUUAUUAUCAGGUUAGAAACACUGUCUAGUUAAUAUUAGGGCUUAUUUGUUCUAUCAUAUUUGUUUCCUGUGUUUACAGUGUUGCAUGUUAUAACCAAUCGCACACGAUUCUGUUGAUUUUACGAAUGCAAUGGCCAAUCAGAGGCAUUCAGAUGAGUCAUUGCUGAAACACCGGAGUUUUGGCGUUCAGUGCACGUGCUCACUGACUGCUGAAUUCUGAAUUCUGCUCUCUUGCGAAUUCUUUCAUCAAAAACAUCAAAGGGAAAAUGUAUGUGCAAUGUAAGUACGAGAGAUUCAUUCAGCAUACAGCAUAGAUAGCACCUUUGAUUUGAACAGGAGUGUUCUUUAAAGUGCAUAUACUUGCAUUCAACUGAACAGUGAUGAUGUUCUUUGAUCAUGUAAAUGUUUUUGGGGUCUCAAGGGUCUCAUGGUUCUGAGGGUGGAAGAGAGCGCUGGACAUUCACUCCCCCUGCCUUCAGUCACUGCUGGACCCGAGAGUUGAACCCACAACUUUUGGGUUACAAGUUCGGCUCUCUAACCAUUAGGCCUCGACAGUACCCCCUCCCUCAGGACUCACCAUGACGCUGAUGGAAUUGAGCGUGAUCCAGAAUGUCAUGAGCUGGAACCCAACAUCUCUCCUCUGGACCAUAGCCCUCCCAGUCUACAAGGCAUUGAUGGACUCUGCCCCUUUGUCUCACAUCAAAAGCCGACGUACCAUAUAAGCCAGUGAACCUUGGUCUUAGAAACGUGAAAAACCGGGUGGAUAUUCCUAAACUGGGGAUUAGUGAUGGAAAAUGGUCCAAUAAAUUUGGGUUCCAGUUUAUGUUAGAGAGAGCAAUGUCCUUGGAAGAUAACCAGACCUUCUGACCGCAUGUGAAGCGGGGGAUUAGUGCGGUGACGGUCCACCAGUCCAAGUGAGAUGUCAGGCUUCUGGAGGGGAUGUAGCUUCAUAAUCUAUUCUACAUCUGUUUAAUCAUUCUCCAAGUCUUUUUGGUCAGAAGUUACCAUUGGGAGCAAAGUCCAGUGGGGUGUUUUGCAGUCACUGAACAUGUAGAAACUUUAAGACUCAAACCACUUCAGAGUUUUCAUGAACCGGAUCAGGUGAGCUCUGACACGCGUCCUGGUGGAAGUACAGGUAUCAAGAAAAUCAGAUAUCUUGGAUUAGACAACGCCAUUUCAGAGACAGUGUCACUCUUCAAGCAUCCUCAUGAUAAAACAGUCAGAACAGUGCUGAAACAUCCAUCACUAAAGUGUCCCACAAAAUAAAUCAACACAGAUUCACUAGCAAACCAAUAGUCAUCAUGUUUGCCUGACCAUCACACACAUAUGUGUGAUAUAAAUCAGAUGAACUUUUAGGACUCACUGAACCACAUAGGCCUUAUAUCAGUUUCUCAGUAUGGAUAAAGAAAGCAGUGAGAGCAGUGACCUCAGUGGUAAACCAGUGGCCUCUGACCCCAGAGUGUUUAAAGAUGGUCAGACUGUACAACUGCGGCAGGAUUCUUCUAAACCAGUGAGUGAUGUUCUUCAAAGAGUCAAAGAGCAGCACAAAACCAGCAUGAGAAGCAAGUGUGAGAAAUUAUUUGAGGGAAUGAAACUGCCAGAGAAUCAAACCCUUCUGAACUGGAUCUACACACAGCUCUACAUCUUAGAGGGAGAGAGUGAAGAAGUGAAUGAAGAACAUGAAGUUUUACAGAUGGAGAAAACAGCCAGAACAAAACACUCACAAGACACUCCAAUCUACUGCAAUGACAUCUUUAAAGCCUCACCUGAACUAGGAUGUGAGGAGAAAGACCAAAUCAAGACUGUUCUUACUAAAGGCAUCGCUGGAAUCGGAAAAACCGUCUCUGUGCAGAAAUUCAUUCUGGACUGGGCAGAGGGAAAAGCCAAUCAGAAUGUAGAUUUCAUAUUUGUGCUUCCAUUUCGAGAGCUGAACUUGAUCCGAGAUCAUCGGUACAGUCUUCACAGACUUCUGCUGGACUUUCAUCCUGAACUUCAAGAUCUGGACUCAAAGAUUUAUGAGGAGUGUAAAGUUGUGUUCAUCUUUGAUGGUCUGGAUGAAAGCAGAAUCACACUGAUGUUUUCAGAUGAUCAGAAAGUUUGUGAUGUGACUGAGAUUUCAUCAGUGGGUGUGUUGAUGUCAAACCUCAUGAAAGGAGAGCUGCUUCCCUCUGCUUUCAUCUGGAUCACCUCCAGACCAGCAGCAGCCAAUCAGAUCCCCUCCAAAUACAUCAACCGUCUGACAGAAAUUCAGGGAUUCAAUGAGCCUCAGAAGGAGGAAUAUUUCAGGAAGAGAAUCAGUGACCAGCAUCAAGCCAGCAGAAUCAUCUCACACAUCAGAAGAGCAAGAAGCCUCCACAUCAUGUGCCACAUCCCCGUCUUCUGCUGGAUCUCAUCCACUGUGCUUCAGAAGCUCCUGAAAGAAGAUCUGACUGAAGACAUCCCUCAAACUCUGACUAAAAUGUACAUCCACUUCCUGCUGAUUCAGAUCAACAUGAGGAAUCAGAAGUAUGAAGAGAGAGAUCCAGAGAAACUCCUGCAGUCCAACAGAGAAGUGAUUGUGAAACUUGCUGAAGUGGCUUUCAAUCAGCUGAUGAAGGGCAAUGUGAUGUUCUAUGAGGAGGACCUGAUUGAGAGCGGCAUAGACGUCACUGAUGCUUCAGUGUAUUCUGGGAUUUGUACUGAGAUCUUUAAAGAGGAAUCUGUGAUUCAUCAGAGGAAAGUCUACAGCUUCAUCCAUCUGAGCUUUCAGGAGUUUCUUGCUGGUUUCUAUGCGUUUUACUACCACAUUAGCAACACUACAGAUGCAUGUUUUGAUUCACUGCAUAAUUUGUAUAAAAGAGUAGUUAAUAAAGCACUCCAGAGUAAGAAUGGACAUCUGGAUCUGUUCCUGCGGUUCCUGCUGGGCGUCUCACUGGAGUCCAAUCAGAGGCUCUUACAGGAUCUACUGACACACACAGAGAACAGAUCAGAGAGCAUCAGGAGAACCACACAGUACAUUAAAGAGAAGAUAAAGAGUCUUGAUGAUAAUGAUGAACUGUUUGUACAUGAAAAUAAUCAGGAACACAAACAAGUUAAAAAACAUCUCUCAGCUGGUCAGUCUAUCAAUCUGUUCCUCUGUCUGCUGGAAGUGAAAGAUCAGACUCUGUCCAUAGAAAUUCAGGAUUUUUUGAAAUCAGAUAAACACUCAAAAAAGAAACUCUCUCCUGCUCACUGCUCAACAAUCGCCUACAUGAUUGAGAUGUCAGAGACGUUGGAUGAGCUGGGCCUCAAGAAAUACAACACAUCAGAUGAGGGGAGAAGAAGACUGAUACCAGCUCUGAUCAACUGCAGAAAAGCUCUUCUUUCUGGUUGCAAUCUCACUGCUCCAUCUUGUGAGAGAUUGUUAUCAGCUCUUCAAUCCUCAAACUCUGUCCUGAGAGAGCUGGACCUGAGUGACAAUAACCUGCAGGAUUCAGGAGUGAAGCUGCUGUUUGGUGGACUGAAGAGUCCAAACUGUCAGCUGCAGAUACUGAGUCUUUCUGGCUGUAAUCUCACUGCUCAGGGUUGUGAGAGUUUAUCAUCAGCUCUACAGUCUUCAAACUUUUUCUUGAGAGAGCUGGAUCUGGGUAACAAUGACCUGCAUGAUUUAGGAGUGAAGUUGCUCUCUGAUGGACUGAAGAGUCCAAACUGUCAGCUGCAGAUACUGAGGUUGUCUGGCUGUAUGGUGACAGAGGAAGGCUGUGGUUAUUUGUCUUCAGCUCUGAGUUCAAACCCCUCACACCUGAGAGAGCUGGAUCUGAGCUACAAUCACCCAGGACAAUCAGGAGUGCAGCUGCUCAAACACAAACUGGAGGAUCCAAAAUAUAAACUGGAGAAACUCAAUGUUGAUCAUGGAGGAGAGAUCAGGAUCACAGCAGGACUACGAAAGUAUGCCUGUGAUCUCACACUGGAUCCAAACACAGCAAACAUUCGACUAAUUCUCUCUGAUGAGAACAGGAAGAUCACACGUGUGAAAGAUAAUCAGCCAUAUCCUGAUCAUCCAGAGAGAUUUGGUGAGGUUCAUCAGGUUCUGUGUGUUGAGAGUCUGACUGGACGCUGUUACUGGGAGGCUGAAUGGAGCGGAUAUAAUGCUGCUUUGUCAGUGUCAUAUAAAGGGAUCAGCAGAAAAAAAGGGAGAGACUGUUGGUUUGGAUACAAUGACAAAUCCUGGAGUUUGUACUGCAGUUGUGACAAUGUCAUUAUCGGUCAUAAUAAUAACACCACUUAUAAACCUGUUGCCUGUCCACCCUCUAAAAGAGCAGGAGUGUAUCUGGACUGGUCGGCCGGCACUCUGUCCUUCUACAGCGUCUCUGACACACACACACUCACACACUUACAUACACUCAACACCACAUUCACUGAACCCCUCUAUGCUGGAUUUAAGAUUUAUUUGAAGUCUUCAGUGUCUCUGUGUGAUAUUACAAAGCAAACACACACUUGUAAAUCCUCCUUCUAAUGUCCACAUGCACACAAACGUCUCAUUCUGAUAGAAUCAGUUUUCUAAAUGAAAUGAGUUGCAGUGCUUAUCAUGCAUUGUUUGUGAUUUCAUGUACCAAUUCAGACAUGUCUAACAUAUCCAUGUUUACUAUCGAGCUAUGAGAGAACAUUUUCCAGAUGUGGGCAUCAGGUCAUGUGCUGUGCUUGCAUGCGGCACAUAUGAUGGAUUUGUCUUUUGAAUAAUUGUUUAGAAUUGAAUAAUUGUUGAUAUAAUUUUCAUUUAUUAUAAAAAAUAUUUAAGUAAUCUGCACAAAACUGUUUACAACAAACUUGCAAAAGUGAGCAGAGAAAUCUAGAGAAGUAUCUUACUCUUUCACAUUUCACAUACCUGUCAAGUAUCCCGUUUUGGCCGGGAAAGUCCCGUAAUUUACCCUUCUUUGCCGCCGUCCUCCCGUAUUAGUAUUUUCCCGUAAAUCUCCUGUAUUUUAACCUGCGUUAU